AUGCAGGAGUGCUACAAUCCGCAACACAGAAUUCUUCCGGUGGGCAGUGGCGAAUCAGCAGGGGCAUUUGUUCCUCGUUGGACGCUGUGCGUUACAUGUCUUCUGAAUCACUUUGAGAGGCUCCCCACGAAUGCUGCCGUUCAGGCGCUUCAGGACACCGAGUUUCUGUUGCAGCAAAGUUUUUCCCCUCUUUUCCCUAACCAAGGUGUGGGGAUUGGAGGCGAAAAACCGUCAGUUGGUUCUGCAACGCCAAGUGUCUCACCUGAGUCACUGUGGGAAUCAUUCAUGUCCUUUCAGGAUGUGCUUGCGCAGCUGGCAGAAAUGUUGUGUGCUUCGUCCUCGUUGCAUCUUCAGGCACAGCUUUACAGAGCAAGUUUGACGCUGCUUAGUCUCUUGUUCACGCUGUUGAGGGAGGCUGAGAGACAAAUUUCAAAGAUGAACGGAACGGCGUACAUCCUGGAAGGAGAUAAUUUGGAAUUGGGGGAUCGUGGCACUGGGAAAGGUGGGGCUUCCAUUUGUCUUGUGACCCUUCCAGUUCUUGCACGUCGCAUGUGCGAUGCGGUGCGCAUGGGGCUUUCAAAAGAGGGGGAUUCCCCCGCGGGCCUCCUUCUGUUGACAGAUUUGGCUGAAAUGAGCCCCACCUUCCUGCGGGUUCUUUCUGAGCAUUGCGUGCUCUCCGUCUGCGCCCUCCUGACCUCCCUCAGUAAUGCGUACAGGGUGGAGUUGACGCUCUAUCUGCUUCACCAGGUCUUUGAGACAUGCGCAAUUCAUCCGACAUGGCUGGAGAGCCUGGCGGUCGUGCUCUCUGGAAACAUGAUCUGCGAUGCACUGGGUGAUUCUUUUUUGGAUUUUUUGGCAGGGACAUUGGAUACCUUUAGGGACGAUGAACCGGUUGUUGUGAACGCGCUUUCCCUCGCAAGAUUCCUUGUGACCUACGAGACCACAAGGACGGCGCUCCUGUUCUCCAAACUAACUAACACAACCAGAGCCGGUAAAGGUGACUUUGCGCAAAUAGUACCGUUGAGACUUCUCCGUCAUUUAACUUUGCUGUUACUGGACCUUGAUGCUGACAUCAUUGUGGCUGCGUCUGAGACCAUGCGGGAAAUUAUCGUUGCAACGCAGCCGCCGGGAGGAGAGUCCACCAACAUCGCGGAUUACGUCAUUGAGUCGCUUAGAACAGCAUCGGUGUAUUCUGCGGUGGUGCUUGUGUCUUUGUUAAAUGCACUCCCAACCGAAGUGGUGCCGGCGGGACCCGUUCUCCGUGUCAUUUUUGAACUUGCAGGCAACAACGAAAUCGCCUUUGAGGAGGCAGUUCGAGGACCACAUUUCUUGGCCUCUGUCAAAGGUCAUCUCAGCAAUAUCAAUUAUGUGGCCCAAAGUGUCGCGCACGCUGCGGAGUGUGGAGGCCGCACCUCUCUUCACUGCUUUUUGCUUCAAAUUCGUGCAUUGGAGGCCGCUUGUGGCGGAAUAAACGCAGGUACAUGCACCAUCAUCCCGGAGACGGUUUCUGUUAUUGCGAAUACAUUGCUGCAACUUGUAACGAAGGAACGUGGUCCUGCACUCACUGAAGAUGAGUUAACCGAUGGCCAAUGGCUAUUUAAUAAUCGUUUUUUCACUCUCACCAACGAGCCGCUUUGGGAUCUCAUUUUUGGAGUGGCGUUUUUGCUUCCUGCCGUUCAGGGGGCUUUUCUUCCUCUUGCCACUGAGAUCAUUGCCGAGGCUUUGCGUCGAUUUUCGGAAUUUGACUUUGUCUCUUUUGACGGUCGGUCGCUUCUAUUUGACGGGCCCACCGGGAACGUGUUGUUGGUUCUCAGCGCCGCCGUGCUGGAGCACAUGAGCGCUGACGGGGAUGAAGGAAACACGGCCGACAGACUUGUUAAGCGGCAGGUGCGCCAACUUUUUGAAAAGGAUCUUCUUACUUUUUUGCUUCGCGUCUCGGGGGACUCUUUCUCGCAUCGGGGACGUAUUUUGUAUCAUUUUAUGCGUCUUGUGGAGUCAAACCGUAAUGGGAGGAGCGCGGACCUGCCGGCUGCAACUGUUUUGGACGGUUCCUCGUCGCCGAGGGCGCUGCUCGAGAAGUCGUUUCGCCACCAUCCUCACUGGGCGGCCUCUCUUCUCUUGGCACUUGCAAUGACUGGCUGCCCCCAGCCGGUGGAAGUUCAGGAGCUGGAAGAAUUUUUAUUUAAACAAAUUUCCAUACUUCCCUGGUUUUUGCGGGAUGCAAAGCGGGCAUUAACAGCGGACGGCGCCGAAGAUCUCUGUAGUACUCCUAUGGGGAAUGAAGAUUGCGCCAUUGCUGCUCUCACAGCACUGAAGGCCAGUGCAGCCUAUCACAAAUGGAGGGGUGAAUUACCCCACCGAGAAUUUUUUCAAGUGGAUUCUGUAUUGGCAACAGGCCGAGUGUGUGAUGUGCCGGAGGAGCUUUCUUUUAUCUUCUUUCAGCUGUUUCGCUCGGAGGAGAGAUCGUGGCUGGAGGCUUUGAAGUCGUGUAGCUGGGGAACAGGUCUGCUAGCCGUCUUGGUCUCGUCCAGCAUCAUGCACAUGAAACGCGAUUUCCCCAAGGAGAGUGUGAAGGAGGCAUAUGAUUAUCUCUUUUCAGAUGGAGCUUCACAGAACAGUGAUGUAGAAAUGGCUCUCUGUCGUCUUGUGGUGACACUUGCCCCUACGUGUCACCUUUUUCUUUCACAGCUCUUUGGGAUUGUGCGUCGGUCGGUUGCCGAUAACCUUUCUCUUGGCUGCUGUGUUAUUUGUUUCUUGUGUCAAUGUGUUUCCCUGGCUGUGGGCGAGGAGGUGCCCAACUCGACAGCCUUCAUUCGUACACUGCUCGAACAACACGUAACGCCUUGCCUGCUGUUUAGAGAAAACCCUGCUCUUACAGGAUAUGUGGCACGUCUCGUCGUGCUAACUCUCGCCCGGAUUCCAGUGGCCAUGGCGAGUUGUUGCGAUCAUACCCUUUUCAGGUGGUCCAUGCAACACGUAACACACCCAAAGGCACAAGUGUACACAUGGCAUGUUGUCUUUCUUUUGCUGGAGCGUGUGCAUGGAAACGAGUUUGCAUUAAGGUAUGAGUCUGAACUCGAGAUGAAGCUGCGAGCCGAUGGGGGAGAGAAGCUUCCUCCAUUUUUUGCGGCCGCUCUAGCAACAGUCAAGUGGAUGGUGUGUGGUGCGAUGCGACGACGUGGAGCUUGCCGUAUGAACCCCGUUGUUACAAUGCCAUUGAAGGAAUGGUCACAGGACUUGUCUCAACACGUGCUGCUGCGGGCUUUUAUUAUAUCAACAGUCGAACGAGAGACAAGGGGGAAUUUUCCAGAUGCCAGUCUUCUAAAUGUAUCUCCCAUGCUUCUCUCUUGGGCAAACGAAAUGUUUGCUCGGCGAUACGCCACAGUGGCUACGGCGCGUGUGUUCUACACAUUAGUGAAAAUUUCUCCGAAGCUUGGGGCCUCAUUGGAGGCUCUAGGGUUGUUCCUGCAAAUGACGAAUGAAACCGAGACGGGUGCCUCUCCCACUGCUGAAUCUUCACAGCCUUCUCUGAUAGAGCAGCGGGCGUGGGUGUUUGCCGCCUUGGUUUUGUCCUGGCCUCCGUGGGGCGUGUCGGCUGGCUUGAGGGAGGCGGUGGACGCAUUUCUCACAACUCUGGAGAUGCCCCCGCGUGCGUGCAAAGGGAAAAAGAGACCACGCGAGCAGGAGGUGGAUAUUUUUCACACGCAGGAGGCCGGAGUCCGCCGUGCGAUGGAGGCACUUGUGGAGGCGUGUGAGUGUCGGUCUGAAGAACAUGGGACAUUUCCACUGAACCGCCCGAAAGACUUUUUUCUCCUCAGACACGCCGCCCAACCAGAUGCUAAUGUCACACACGAGGUCAUGUUUAAAGCAGUUCACGAAGGAUGUGAGCUGUUUAUUCCCUCCUAA